GAGACAUUUUCAGGGACGCACACGCUUGUUCCCGGAAAGGACUUCAGGGGCUGGUGCUUCGUUAGCAAAGAAGCUAACACGGUUAAUAACCUGUAAACUAAUGAUGAAUUCAUCUGUCGUAACGGGACUUUGAAUGUUUAUAGUUUCAGAAGAACAUCAUCUGUGAUUUCAAAAUGCGUCGGUGCCCCAUUUGUCCCAAAACGUUCCCAUCGCCAUCUAAACUGAACAGACACCUUCUCAUCCACACUGGCCAGAAGCCCUUCGUCUGUAGAUUCUGUGGAAAAGCCUUCAACCAGGCUAAUCAUUUAAAACUACAUAUGCAGAAUAUCCACCACUCACAGCCUCCAGCAGACACGGAUGUUAUUUCAACCAAUCUCCAGCAACCACUCUGGGUUAAACCAGCCGCGGGGACGAGCACGCACAGUGCUGGUAACUGUGCCGGAAUGCCAUCGACUGUGUCGUCCUCUGUGGCCUCCCUGCCACAGUGGAGAAGAGGAACUGUUUGUCUUCCUGUGUCAGGGACUGGAAACCCAUUCAGAACAACAUCACAUGUAACUGGAGGUACAGUGAGCAGUGUCUCACAUGAUGUGGAUCCGGUGCCUCGGGAUCAAGUUAAUUCUACCAAUGUGAACACAUCUGCAAACAAAGGCCACAAACAAUACACCUGCAAAGUCUGCUUAAAGUCAUUCCUUUCAUCUUCUCAGCUUUGCAGUCACUUACCAACACACAACAAAUCAAAACCGCUCGAGAGGGGCCAGAGCAUUUUCAAGAAGCGUCUGCGGAAGAUGAACUUACAGUCACAAGAAUCGACAAGCCCCAGUAAAAGCAUAAUGUCUCAGAAACACCAGUGUCCUAAAUGUAUGAAAGGCUUUUGCUCACCGUCCAAGUUAAAACGACAUCUUCUUACUCAUACGGAUCAGAAACCUUAUGCGUGUUCAGGUUGCUGGAAAAACUUUAGACAGAAGGCGCACUUGAAAACUCAUCUAGGCACAGAAAAGAAAUGCCCACUUUCUGAUGCCAAUGCAAGAGGAAAAAAAAAACGUUCUGAAGACAGUAAAAGUUCACGUCUGCAGCCUGAGACGACGCUUCAGCGCCCAUCCAGUAAUCAGAACUCGUCAAUGGAGCUCAAGCUACAAUGUAAAAUACAUGUAAAUACUUUGCAGAAACUGAACAAGAAUGAAAUCAAGUUAAAAUCUUUUGUAAAACAAGAACAAUCAUUAAAUCCGAGCAGUCAGUGUCAUAAGUCAGGAGGACAAGGGUCGCAAUGCUUGACAAAAAAAGAUUUGAAAAGAUUCCUGUGCUUGAUCUGUAACAGAUCAUUUCGUUUAGAGGUUAAUUUAAUACGUCAUCGUAGAAUUCACUUGAACCAAAAGAAAUUGGGAAGUCCCACCUCGGUGCAAAAAUGUAAUAAUGUGAAAGUGUCAAAUUCUGACGCUAUCAAACGUGUGCCUGAGCGUAAUCCUGCAGACCUCACUGACUUGAACAUAAUUGUACAACAAGUAAUACGGAGAGAGAAGAUUUGCAGUGACUCUCUUCCUCAGGAGACUGCGUCCAUUCCAUCAGCAGCACAGAAGAAGCCAACUUUCCCGCUGCAGAAGCUCCCUUCACAUCAGUGCCCAAAAUGUUCAAAAUUUUUUCCAUCUCCGUCGAAACUUGAGAGGCACAUGAUGAUUCAUACCGGACAAAGGCCCUUCAGCUGUGAGUUAUGCGGAAAGCAAUUUCGUCAGAAAACACACUUGAGGGUUCACUGUCGUGUUCACCUGUUGACCAGAUAUCAGAAGCAACGGUCGCUGUACAUCAGUCGACCGCCUUCACGCACCGGUGGGUUUAACACGAAGACCGCAGCAGACGUCCCAAUCCAGGAAGUGUCAGCACAUAAAAAGUGUAAUGAGACACUCACUGGCAGUGAUGUAAACUCUGCAAACCAGCCGGAUCAGACCCCUUCAAUAGCAACUGUUCAAGAUAAUGUCAAGACAGAAUCAGGGAUCCAAUUGUUUCCACAAACCUCCAAGAAAAGUGACGUUUUGCCCUUGAGAACAGUUCCUAAAGUGAAAGAUAGUGGGACACAGACUGCUAAGCCAAUGCUAAUUCUUGGCAACGUGCUACGCGAGUGCCCCCAGAGUCUUCCAAACCCCUCUGAAUUACAAAGGCAUGAGAUGGUACAAUUUCUGUGUCAUAUGUGUGGGGAAGCUUUUCAGCAAAGAACCCAUCUGGAAUCACAUGAAAGUGCACAUUUUCAGAGGGAACUGUCCCAACCUAUCAACCAGCAGGCGAGCAUCAAAAAGCUGGAAACUAAUGAUCAGCAGCAGCAGCAGCUCUACCCAAAGGUCACUGUUCAUAUCCCUUCUCUGCAACACUCUGUAAGCACAGAUAUAAAACAUUCAGUCAAUGCUUCUGCGACAGGUAAAGAAAAAAGUGUGCAGGAUUCUACCGGGCCUGAAAAACCUAACGCAGAAGUGAACAGUCUCUUUGAGACAAACACCAAGAGCAGUACUUUAAAAAAGAAGCUUCACAUGUGUCGCAUAUGCAGCAAGAACUUUUCUUCUCCCUACAAGCUGUCGAGGCACUUGCUCACUCACUCUGGCAUGAGGCCGUAUAAAUGCAGCUUUUGCAGCCAAACCCUCACACAGCAUGGUCAUCUAAAAUUACAUGAGGACAGAUGCAGACAGAGAAGCAGGACCUCCGAUUGUUCUCACAGAGAACAGGUAAAUACCAACCAUCUCCAGGAAAACCCCACUGAAAACCUUAUGUAUUGUACAGAUUUUAAUUUGGAUCCAGUGAGCGAGCAGAGAGAGUCACAUUAUAAUCCUGCCAGCGCUGGUCAAUGCUCUUUAACUGAUGGAGAUUUAGCUCAUUGUCCAGAGGCAAUAGACACUGACUGGCUGGCAGUACCGGAGACAGGCUUAAAAGAGGAGAAUAAUGAAUUAGAAGAAAAACCGAAUCUAGCUACAGACAGUUCUAUUUCAUCUACAGACCAUUUCAGUUAUUCGUUUCCCACUCAGCUUGCCUUUGAAAUAAACAAGCUUAUCCAAAAUCAAAAAACGUCAGCUCUGUCACAUCACUACGAGGGUAAUACUCAUAACGUAGAAAUACCCAGUCAGCUUGAAGGAGUGACGGCUAGUUCAAUUAAAAAAGAAGUGCUUGUUGGUGUGAGUUCUGUGGACGAGGAUCAACUUCUGCCAGACUCCCCAGGUGAUGACUGGUGUGAACCACUGAUCGUGUUUGAAUGUGGCGAGUGCACUACAGACUUCAUUAGUGACGACGAUCUCAAGCGACAUCUCUGUCCUGCUCGUGUUGAAGCGACAAACUCGACCGCUCUGUGGUAAAACCUUUACUCAGAUGGCACAUGUCAGAAUUCAGAGACAGACUCGUUGAUGAUGUGACACUAAAAUGUUUGGGUUUUUGUGUGUGCGCAGACUUACUUUUGUGGUGAUCUUGAUAUGUGACAAAUAUAUCUGUAUAUAGAUACAUGAACUGUA